AACGUCGGGGCGGAGGGAGGUUACCCGGAUGAAGAACACAUGUGAGUUCAGUGUAACUGCGGCAGCGCUAAAGCGGCUUCUCUUCUUAUAUCACUCACAGUCUGCUGUGCUGACGGACACGCGCAUCCUUUCAUUCACCUCCAGAUCACUCUGCAAAAUGCUGCGUUUACCGAGUUUGAUGAAACAGAUGAGGCCAGUGUGCAGGGCGCUGGCCCCACACCUGACCCGUGCAUAUGCCAAGGACAUCAAGUUUGGAGCAGAUGCCCGGGCUCUGAUGCUCCAGGGCGUUGAUCUGCUGGCUGAUGCUGUGGCCGUCACCAUGGGACCAAAGGGUCGCACCGUUAUCAUUGAGCAGAGCUGGGGCAGCCCCAAAGUCACCAAAGAUGGUGUCACAGUUGCCAAAAGUAUCGAUCUGAAGGAUAGGUAUAAGAACAUCGGGGCGAAGCUGGUACAGGAUGUGGCCAACAAUACUAACGAAGAGGCUGGAGACGGCACCACAACCGCCACAGUUUUGGCCCGUGCUGUUGCCAAGGAGGGAUUUGACACCAUCAGCAAAGGCGCCAACCCUGUGGAGAUCCGCAGAGGAGUCAUGAUGGCAGUGGAAGAAGUCAUCAACGAACUCAAGAAACUCUCCAAGCCGGUCACAACUCCAGAGGAAAUUGCUCAAGUGGCUACUAUUUCUGCCAAUGGAGACACUGAAGUUGGUACCAUCAUCUCCAAUGCUAUGAAGAAAGUGGGCCGCAAGGGUGUUAUUACAGUGAAGGAUGGUAAAACCCUACAUGAUGAGCUUGAAAUCAUUGAGGGCAUGAAGUUCGACCGUGGCUACAUUUCUCCUUACUUCAUCAACACAGCUAAAGGCCAGAAGUGUGAGUUCCAGGAUGCUUACUUGCUUCUGAGUGAGAAGAAGAUCUCCAGUGUACAGAGCAUCGUGCCAGCACUGGAAAUGGCCAACCAGCAUCGCAAGCCUCUGGUCAUCAUUGCUGAAGAUGUGGACGGAGAGGCACUAAGCACUCUGGUCCUCAACAGGUUGAAGGUUGGACUUCAGGUCGUUGCAGUCAAGGCUCCAGGAUUCGGUGACAACAGGAAAAACCAACUGCAGGAUAUGGCCAUUUCCACUGGAGCCACGGUGUUUGGUGAUGAGGCUGUGGGUCUGGCCAUUGAAGAUAUCCAGGCUCAUGACUUUGGCAGAGUCGGAGAGGUCAUCGUGACAAAGGAUGACACGAUGCUCCUCAAAGGCCGCGGUGAUGCAGCAGCCAUUGAAAAGCGUGUGAAUGAGAUCGCUGAACAGCUGGAGAGCACAAACAGUGACUACGAGAAGGAGAAACUCAACGAGCGUCUGGCCAAGCUCUCUGAUGGAGUGGCUGUGAUUAAGGUUGGAGGAACAAGUGACGUUGAAGUGAAUGAGAAGAAAGACCGUGUCACUGAUGCACUGAACGCCACUCGAGCUGCUGUGGAGGAGGGAAUCGUUCUUGGAGGAGGAUGUGCCCUGCUACGCUGCAUCCCAGCCCUGGACAACAUCAAGCCAGCCAAUAAUGAUCAACUGAUUGGUAUCGACAUUAUUCGCAGAGCGCUUCGUAUUCCUGCAAUGACUAUUGCCAAGAAUGCAGGAGUUGAGGGCUCUCUGGUGGUGGAGAAGAUCUUGCAGAGCGCUCCAGAGAUUGGAUAUGAUGCUAUGAACGGAGAAUAUGUAAACAUGGUCGAAAGAGGAAUUAUUGACCCCACAAAGGUCGUGAGGACUGCGUUGCUAGAUGCUGCAGGUGUUGCAUCUCUGCUGUCUACUGCUGAAGCUGUAGUCACUGAGAUACCAAAGGAGGAGAAGGACAUGCCGGCUGGAGGAAUGGGUGGAAUGGGAGGCAUGGGAGGCAUGGGUGGCAUGGGAUUCUAAACUGAUCUGCAUUGACUUUAGUGAAAGGGUUGAGGGCAGGGGACAUGAUUUGCCCCUCCCCUUUGACUUGGAAAAACCUGCCGAAAUUGAGUUAAGGUGAUCUGAUCUUGGAGCAAAAGAAAUGGACCUUACAGUCUCCCAUCCUUCUACCACUAUGUCCAAUAUUAUCUCUCUACUCAUGGCUGAAGAUGUCACCCUACUGCUUUAAAGACAAGUUCUUGAUAAUGUGACCAGAGAGAGUCUGUCUGCCUGUUCUGUAACAUUGUGCUCACCAACAUCUAAUGGGAAAGUGCAUUUAACAUAUCGCAUAUUGUCAUGCUGUUGUGUUUUAUGAAUGUCAUUGUGCGUAUAUCUGGUUUUGAAUCAGACCAUCUGUAGGGGCUUUAAAAGCCAGACGUUCAGGUUAAAGUUUGUCUUCAUAAGCAAGGAAGUAGUAGGAACUUUGACCAGUUGUAUCUUUAAAAAAAAAAAAAAUUGCAGUUCAGUGUUCUUUUUUUUUUUUCACACUGUUCAUUGUUUCAUAUAAAAAUAAACCCCUCAUUUGAGGAUUACACAACUGUGACGAAGCAAGUACUUGUUUUCCCUUCAAUUGUUACAUACAUUUUUCUCACUGACUAGAAAUAUGUUGUUAUAAACUUAAAGAAUUGUGUGAUAAUGUUUUCCUGUGUUACAGGUUUCAAUUCUUAAAGAAAUUGUUCUCCUAAAAAUAAAAACCUGUCAUUUACUCACCCUCA